GUAACAUCUAAAGCAGCUCUUCAUCUCCUCUCCUCGUCACCAUCUCGAUCGAGCUCCAGAGCUAAAGCAGAUAGAAAGCUCAGAGUGAGAGAGCAGCAUCUGAUCGACCAAUUGUUCACCUUCGUCAUGAGGUCCACUUGGUUGGCAUUUGCCUUGUCGGCGCUCGUCGUCGUCUCCUCAUCAGCGGCACACGUACACGCCUCGCCGGGGAAACUUGAGGUCGGUUUCUACGAGCACUCAUGCGCACAGGCCGAGGACAUCGUGCGCAACGCCGUCCGCCGCGGCAUCGCCCGUGAGCCCGGCGUCGGCGCGGGGCUCAUCCGGAUGCACUUCCACGACUGCUUCGUCCGGGGCUGCGACGGCUCCAUCCUCAUCAACUCCACGCCGGGCAACCUGGCCGAGAAGGACUCCGUGGCCAACAACCCCAGCAUGCGCGGCUUCGACGUCAUCGACGACGCCAAGGCCGUCCUCGAGGCGCACUGCCCGCGCACCGUCUCCUGCGCCGACAUCGUCGCGUUCGCGGCCCGUGACAGCACCUACCUCGCCGGCGGCCUGGACUACAAGGUCCCGUCGGGCCGCCGUGACGGCCGCGUGUCCAAAGAGGAGGAGGUGCUCGACAACAAUGUCCCCGCCCCGACUGACGAGGUCGACGAGCUCAUCGAGAGCUUCAAGCGCAAGGGGCUCAACGCCGACGACAUGGUCACGCUCUCCGGCGCGCACACCAUCGGCCGCUCCCACUGCUCCUCCUUCACGCAGCGGCUCUACAACUUCAGCGGGCAGCUGGGGCAGACAGACCCGUCCCUCGACCCCGCCUACGCCGGGCACCUCAAGGCGCGGUGCCCUUGGCCGUCCAGCGACGACCAGAUGGACCCCACGGUGGUGCCGCUUGACCCAGUCACGCCGGCGACCUUCGACAACCAGUACUACAAGAACGUGCUGGCGCACAAGGUCCUGUUCAUCUCUGACAACACACUGCUCGACAAUCCCUGGACGGCCGGAAUGGUCCACUUCAACGCCGCAGUCGAGAAGGCAUGGCAGGUCAAGUUCGCCAAGGCCAUGGUUAAGAUGGGCAAGGUCCAGGUGCUCACCGGCGACGAGGGAGAGAUCAGGGAGAAGUGCUUCGCCGUCAACCCACACUACUAGUCAAGUUUAAUUAUCUAAUUACCCCGCGCGUGUUAUGUUUGUUUAUACGUUCCAUACAUCAACAUUAUGUAGAGUGUUUUUCGUUCUCUUCAAGGCUGUGAAAUCAAACAAGUUUAUCAAGUAAAAUGGUGUUAUUUGCACAACAUGCAUGUAUAUAUUUAGUGAUGACACCCGAUCACAAAUAUAGAAGCUCUUUUUUCCCGCGA